CCAAGCUCAGACAUGGCUCUAUCACCACCAAACGCCCUUCUGUGUCCUUCUCUUCCUCUUCUUCUGGUUGUUCUUCUGCAUCAUCUUUCCAUGUUUCAUGCUUUGACUACCAACAGUUUCAUCUACGACGAUGGCUUUCGUCCAGUCAAUCUGACCUUAACAGGUGAAUCUGUGAUCACUUCGUCCGGCGUUCUGCAAUUGACCAAUCGUCGCGGGCUAUGGAGCGUGGGCCAUGCAUUCUACCACGAUCCCCUGCAAUUCAAGGAUCCUUCAGAUGCUUCAAACACCACUGCAUCUUUUAGCACUCAAUUCAUAUUUGCCAUCGUCUCUGGAAUUGAAACCCUUAGAGGCAGUGGCUUCACGUUUGCUGUCGCCCCUUCAAUGCUGCCCAACACAACUGGUGGAGACUAUCUAGGCCUUGUGAGAAACUCCAGCAAUGGCAACUUCUCAAAUCAUGUAUUUGCUGUGGAAUUCGACACGGUUUUGGGGACAUGGUUGAGGGACAUUAACGACAACCAUGUGGGCGUCGACAUCAAUGGAGUAAUAUCCGACACCUCCCAAACUGCUGCUUAUUGCACAGACGAUGGCAAGAAUGAAACGAUUGAUCUGAAGUCGGGGAAGAUGAUCCAAGCAUGGGUAGACUACAAUGCAAAUGAAAAGUUGCUUAACGUAACCCUAGCUCCGAUCCCAUUUUCCUCCAAGCCAAUCAGGCCUCUCAUAUCAUACUCUGUUGAUCUAUACCCUGUUCUUCUUGACUUCAUGUAUGUUGGUUUCACUUCCGGCACCUCGAACUCUGCGAGCGAUCACUACAUUUUGGCAUGGAGCUUCACAAUCAAUGGAAAAUCCCAGGAUCUAGACCUCUCUAACCUCCCCAAGAUCUCCAAGAAAGAAGUACCAAUAUGGAAGUCUGCUAGUUUCCUGCCUUAUACCACUGCCUUCACAGCACUGUUUUUUAUUAUGCUUGGUAUCAUUUCAUACCUGGUCUACAGGACGAGAAAGCUUUCUGAUACAGUUGAAGUGUGGGAGCAGGAUUACCCACAUAGGCUGCCUUACAGGGAGAUUUUCAAUGCAACCAAAGGAUUCUCUGAGAAGGAAGUAUUGGGCAGAGGAGGUUUUGGUAGUGUUUAUACUGGAGUACUACCCAGCAGCAGAAUGCAGGUUGCUGUCAAGAGAGUAUCACACAAUGGCAAACAGGGACUGAGGGAGUUUGUUUCAGAGGUGUCCAGCAUGGGGAGGUUGAGACACAGGAACUUGGUUCAGUUGCAGGGUUGGUGCAGAAGGAAGGAAGAGCUUCUGCUUGUGUAUGAAUUCAUGCCAAACGGCAGUCUCGACACUUUUCUGUUUGGCGAAAAGGAAAGGAACCUCAGCUGGGAAGAAAGGUUCAAGAUACUUAAUGGAAUUGCUUCAGGCCUUCUGUAUCUGCAUGAAGGAUGGGAGCAGGUUGUUGUUCACAGAGAUGUGAAGGCAAGCAAUGUCCUGCUAGAUGCUCAAUUGAAUGGAAAGUUGGGAGAUUUUGGGCUAGCUAGGCUGUAUGAGCAUGGGACUGAUCCACAAACGACCCACAUAGUGGGCACAGUGGGCUACAUGGCGCCGGAGCUGUUGAUCACUGGAAAGGCGACGGCAAGCUCAGAUGUGUUCAGCUUUGGGGCUUUCCUUCUUGAGGUGGCCUGUGGAAGGAGGCCAGUUGAAAUCACAAGGCCAAGUGAUGAAGUUCUUCUAAUGAGUUGGGUGUUCAUGUGCUGGAAAAGGGGGGAAUUGCUCAGUGUGAUAGAUGAGAGGCUGGAAAUGAGGUACGUGAAGGCAGAGGCAGAGCUUGUGCUGAAGCUGGGAGUUUUGUGCUCACAGCUGAAACCAGAAGAUCGGCCGAACAUGCGGCAGGUGGUGCAGCUACUUAAUGGAGACGUGCCACUGCAUGAAGUUCCUUUAGAGAAUCUGAUAAUUGAAGAUGACAAUGACCAUGACCAGCUAGCUGUAGCAUAUUCAUCUUCAGACAUACAUAUUUCUAGGUUCUGUUCCAGUUCACAGACAGAGAAAAGUACUGAUACCUCUCGGAAGUAGUACAGGAAGACAAAGUCAAUCUCAAGUCUAG